AUGAAAACUACCAAGUUCGUGAGUUGUGCAAGGAGGUGCUUAUGUAAACCAAGUUUUAACACCUUAAGCAGCAAUGUCAGCUGUAUGUCAACGGAAGCCGCGGCAGCCCCAGAGCAGCGUGGUGCACGACACAGUGAUUCAUUCACUAUGAACUUGUUCCGGGGACAUUUUGAAACUGGCCAGAUAUUUCCCUUUCCGGAACCUCUGACCGAGGAGCAGCGGCAGACACUUGCCGAGCUCGUCCCACCCGUUGAGAAGUUUUUUGAGGAAGUGAACAAUCCUGCCAAAAAUGAUGCAGAUAGUGAAGUCGAGCCGGCUACAAUGGCCGGGCUGUGGGAGCUGGGAGCAUUUGGUCUGCAGGUGCCGACCGAUCUAGGCGGCCUGGGUCUUAGCAACACUCAGUACGCGCGCCUCGUGGAAGUGGUGGGUGCGCACGACCUCGGCGUCGGCAUCACGCUCGGCGCACACCAGUCCAUCGGCUUCAAAGGCAUUCUGCUCGUGGGCACGCCCGAGCAAAAGGCGCGCUAUCUGCCUCGCGUCACCGGCGGAGAGUUGGCUGCCUUCUGCUUGACCGAACCCUCGUCUGGCUCCGACGCCGGAUCCAUAAGGACUCGCGCCGUGCUCUCUUCCGACGGCGGGCAUUACAUUCUCAACGGGUCCAAGAUAUGGAUCAGCAACGGGGGUAUCGCGGACAUCAUGACCGUGUUCGCCCAGACGCCAGUCGAGAAGAACGGCAAGAUGGUGGACAAGGUGACCGGAUUCAUCGUGGAGCGCGGCUUCGGCGGAGUGUCGUCCGGCCCACCCGAGCACAAGAUGGGCAUCCGCUGCUCUAACACGGCCGAGGUGUACUUCGAAGACGUGCGCGUGCCCGUCGGGAACGUGCUCGGCGGCGUCGGCGACGGCUUCAAGGUGGCCAUGCAAGUGCUCAACAACGGCCGCUUCGGCAUGGCGGCGGCGCUCGCCGGCACUCAGCGAGCGGCUCUGCGCCUGGCCGCCGAGCACGCCGCCACGCGCCAGCAGUUUGGGCGCCGGCUGGCGGACUUCGCGGGCGUACAGGAGAAGCUGGCGCGCAUGGCGCAGCUGCAGUACGUCACCGAGUCGCUGGCCUACCUGGUCAGCGGCACCAUGGACGCCGGCAAGCAGGAGUACCAGCUCGAGGCCGCCGUAUCUAAGGUGUUCGCGUCGGACUCGGCCUGGACCGCCGUGGACGAGGCCAUCCAAAUCCUCGGGGGCAUGGGCUACAUGACUUCGGCGGGGCUCGAGCGGGUUCUGCGAGAUCUGCGCAUCUUCCGCAUCUUCGAGGGCACCAACGACAUCCUGCGCCUGUUCGUGGCGCUCACGGGCAUCCAGUACGCCGGAUCGCACCUGCGCGAGCUGCAGCGCGCCUUCAAGAAUCCCGCCGCCAACCUGGGCCUCAUCUUCAGCGAGGCCGGUCGUCGCGCCACGCGCGCCGUCGGCCUGCAGAAGCCCGUCGGGCUCGACGCGCUCGUGGCGCCCGCUCUGCGCCCGGUCGCCAAGCACCUGGCGCGCGGCGCGCUCGACUUCGGCGCUUGCGUCGAGAGCGUACUGCUCAAGUACGGGCGCGACGUGGUCGAAGAGCAGCUCGUGCUCAACCGCCUCGCCGCCGCCGCCAUCGACGCCACCACGUCGGCCGCCGUUCUGUCGCGCGCCUCUCGCGCCGUCCGCCUCGGCCUCCCCUCGGCCGACCACGAGCUGCGCCUGGCCGAGGCCUGGACCGAAGAGGCCACCGAGCGCAUGGCGCGCCUGUCCGACGCGUUCGCGCCGCGAACUCUAGCGCGCAACGCGCGUCUCACGGCCAUCGGCCGCGCCGUCAGCGCCGCCGGGGGUCAGCCGACGCGCAAUCCGGUGGAUCUGUGA